CGCGCUGUUCAAGAGCUUCAUCAUGAGUUCGUUUAUAAAAACUCUCUUAGCAGUCUAGUAGAAUAUAGAAUCGAACUUGAAUUUACUCCGUAGUAUAGUAGGACGAUGAGGAAAACAUGUUUGGUUGAUUGAAGGAAAGGAAAAUAAUGUUACAGAAUACGAGACAGGAGACAAAAAAAAUGUGUGAUAAAUAUGUUAUCGGCUAUUGGGUACGUGAAAAAAAACGACAGAAAUUAAACUUCGACGAUUUUGAGAAAGUAUGUAGAACAGAAGGAUUUUCAUUAAAAUUGGUAGAUAUUUAUUCAAGUUUAGAAUCACAGGGACCACUUCAUGUAUUUCUACAUAAACUUGUGGAUUUGCUAGCACAUGCUGAAGGUGGAAAUGGAAAUGCUAUAAACGUUACGUCAAAACUGCAAGAAUAUAUUGAUAAACAUCCUGAAUUAAUAGUUAUAGAUCCCUUGGAGAAUGUUAAGAAAUUGCAUAAUCGAUAUAAAUAUUAUAAAAUUAUCCAAGAAAGCAUACAUUUUAAUGACGUAUUUAUUCCAAAUUUUGUAGAAUUGAAGAGUACAAAUGUUCUUGAAAAUAUGCGCAUUUUAAAACAAAGUGGAGUUAAAUUUCCCUUUGUUUGUAAGUCGCUUCUUGCUCAUGGAUCAAGUGAUGCACACAAGAUGAUGGUCAUUUUCAAUUCAAAAGAUUUAAAAGACUGCCAGCCUCCAUGUGUUGCUCAAAACUUUGUCAAUCAUAAUGCCAUUUUAUAUAAAUUAUUUGUAGUUGGGAAAAAUUUCCAUGUCGUUGAACGUCCAAGCUUGAGGAAUUUUUAUUCAGAUGAUUGUGCAUCAUUAAGCACAUUGUUUUUUAAUACUCAUGAUAUAUCCAAACCUGAUUCUAAAUCUAAAUGGUCUAUACUGUCGGAAGAACAUAUACCUACAGUGGUGAAACCGAAUGUUGAAAUACUUGAAAAAAUCGUCAAAGGAAUUACCAAAAUAUUUGGGCUUCAUUUAGUUGGCAUUGAUAUUGUGAUAGAAAAUGAUACUAAGAAAUAUGCUAUUAUAGACGUCAACGUUUUUCCUGGUUAUGACGGAUAUCCAAAUUUUUUUCAGCAUUUAAUAGACAGUAUUAAACAUCUUUUAAUGGAACGAAAAGUUCUUAGACAAAAUUCUAAAAGUUGUUCUUUAAAAAAAUCUCACAGUGAUGAUUUAGAUUCCGGUUUUGAAAGUGACGAGAAAAAGAAAUGUUCUACUAAAUAAAUAGAGAAUAUAUAAUUACACUCAUUUGCUUCUAUGUCUAAACAUUGCGUUUUUAUAUUUAUAAAAUUAAAAAUAUAAAUAGCGUUAAAAAUACAAAUUAUAGCUUAUUUAAUAUGAUUAAUUUUUUAUCUAAAGUACAAAGAUAUUUAUAUUGAUCAAAGUUAUAUUAUUAUUAUCCAUUGUAAUACAGUAAUGGCAAGUUUAGCGUUUUUAAGGCAAUAUAAUCGUAAUAUCUUGGUUUAGUAGAAAUAGAUGGAUAAGGAUGUUGGAGUAAAUCCUUUUCUUUUUUUUUUCUUUUUAAUUAGUGUUAAAUUAUCCGAUUGUCGCAUACAUAUAAAGUUUUUUCUGAACGAAAUUACCGACUGAAUACUGUGAUUGUAAAAAUAUUGAAUAGAAACUUUUUACUAUUUAUAUAUAUAUAAGCAAUUUUGCGCAUUUUUUGUGACAGAAUAAUUUUUUAUUAUUUUUGUUCUUUUUUUUUUUUUAAUAUGAUAAUAAUAAAUUUGAACAAAUCAAAUGUGUACAUAGUGCUAUAUAUGUAUAUAACAUUCACUGUAUAUAUAUAUAUCGUAUAUAUAGUUCACUUUUUACUUUUCCAUUUCAUAUUGUAAUUAACAGAGCUUAGAAAUUUACAUGGUCAUUUGUAUGUUCCUUUUUACCUAUUAUCAGGUAGACGUCUCUUCAGGUGAUAAUAAUCCCCAAAUAUCUACAGUAAUAUUUGCUAUAUCAUGAUGAUAAUAUAUCAGUUAAGAAUUGUUUAUUUACAUGUAUGUACAUAUAUUUUUUAUGAAUAAAAUAUACAAAAAUUGAUCA